AUGGCCCCUUCCGGGGUUAAACCUGGUGUUAUCAAGGAUCCUGCCAUCGCUGCCCUCUUUAGCAAUAAAGAUCCAGAGUCUCGAUAUGACGAUCUUAGGGAGAUCGGGCAUGGAUCAUUUGGAGCUGUUUACUUUGCAUUUGACAAAGAAGCAGGCGAAACAGUUGCCAUUAAAAAGAUGGCCUAUUCGGGCAAGCAGGCUGGGGAAAAGUGGGCCGACAUUCUGAAAGAAGUGUCCUUCCUUCACAAAAUCAAACAUCCUCAUAUUGUCGAGUACAAAGCAUGUUUUUUAAAAGAACAAACCUGUUGGCUUGUAAUGGAAUACUGUAUUGGCUCCGCAGCCGACAUUGUUGAUGUUCUGCGGCAAGGACUGCGGGAGGUCGAGAUUUCCGCGAUUUGCUGCGAAACCCUCUUGGCUUUACAUUAUCUGCACCAGCUAAAACGCAUACAUAGAGAUAUCAAAGCAGGAAACAUUCUGUUGUCGGACUCCGCUCACGUUAAACUUGCAGACUUCGGUUCUGCUUCGAUGACAGAUCCAGCUCAGACAUUCAUAGGAACCCCUUUCUUCAUGGCACCUGAAGUGAUUCUUGCCAUGGACGAGGGUCACUACACCGAAAAAGCUGACAUAUGGUCUCUUGGGAUUACAUGCAUUGAAUUAGCUGAACGGCGGCCACCACUGUUCAAUAUGAAUGCCAUGUCCGCUCUGUACCACAUAGCUCAGAAUGAUCCUCCGAAAUUGGCCCCUGUCACUAAUGAAAAUCAACCCGAAUGGUCUGAGCGGUUCAAAGACUUUGUAGAUAUUUGCUUACGAAAAGAAGCCGAAGAACGCCCAUCCACUGGAGAUUUGUUAAAUCACCUGUUCAUCACGCAUCCAGAACACAGAGGAGUCAUCCACGAACUAAUAUCCAGAACGAAAGCAAUUGUUAUGGAGUUGGACAAUUUUCAGUAUAAGAAGAUGAGAAAGUUGAUGUAUCUCGAUGAAAUUGAAAAUAAGGAUAGUGAUAACACCCAAGGUGGAGGAUGCGAAGAGGUGGAGGAUAUAGUGAACGAUCCAGGAAUGUUAUCCGUUGGAAAAGGCGAUUCUACAAGUUCAAAAAGUGGUUCAAUGAAAAGCCUCAAUUCAUUCCGAUCUAUGCAGAGCAGUAGUGGCGGCAAUGGCGGUAGUAGUCGUCCACCGAUUCCAGCUAGCUUACGAUCUGAUAUUGUUGAGGGAGAGAAUCGCACGCUGAUUCCUGUAGGAAAUGUGUCCUUAGAUGGUUCUGAUUCGCAAAGUACCCGUCCUGCAAGUCCCAUUCACUCUACGGAUAGGAACAUUAGGGAUGACAUGGCCACGCUACGAAGAUCAAAGUUUUCAACUUUGCGGUCUGCUAAACUGAUAUCGAGAGAGCAGGAAGAAUAUAACAAGGAAAACAACAUGUAUGAACAAAUGAAUGGAUACAAACGUUUGCGACAAAUGCAUCACAAGGAAAUGCAACAGCUAGAGGAACGUUGUGCGAGCGACAUCGAGCAACUUCGUGCAAGGUUGGACAAAGAAUUGGAUCAGAUGGUUGCUGGAUAUGGAAAAGAAAGGCAACGCUUUAAAAGUGCGCACCAGAAUGAGCUGGACAAGAAGCGGAGAGAGGUGGACGAAGGAGAAAAAAAGCUAAGGAAGCAGGUUUUAACCCGCCAGGCUCAUGAGAUGCGAUGCUUUUCAAAUUCUCAGCUGAAAGAAUACCGUCAUAAUAAGGAGAUUGCCAAGAACAGUCUGAAAGAACGUGGUUUGUCGCGAACUGCGUAUGAGUCGGCUUUGAAGGAUGUGAAAGCACAACUUACAAGACAAAGAACCAGUGCCGAAGCCGCCUUUGAAGCGAAGCUUCGAGCUGAACUCGAUACAGAGCUAAUGAAAUAUCGGCGAACACAACUACACAUGAUACAUAAUGUCGAAAAACGCUUGGAUGAGGAAGACCUUAAUGUCUUGGAACGACAGAUGGACAAUCGGCAUGCCAUGUUGCUUCGUCACCACGAGGCAACAAGAGACAUAGAGUUGAGCCAGCUGAAAGAAAUACAGACCAUGAGAAAGCGUCAUCAGAUAAUCCAACACGAUGCAGAAUCAUCAAAUCAAACAGAAUACACAAGGAGGAAAACGGAUGACUUGCGGAAAAGGCAUGCCAUCCAAAGUAGACAACAACCAAGAGAGCUUAAGCUGAAAGAAGCGCAAAUACGCAAACAAUUUCGACAAGCUGUGAAAACACAAACAAGGCAGUUCAAACUGUAUCAAACGCAGUUGAUGCAGGCAGCUCCAAAAGAAGAACACAAGGACAUAGCAAUGCAACUGAAGGAGAAGCAGAAGCAUCGCAUUGCUAUGUUGACGUCUCAGUACGAGUAUCAAAUUGAGAGUAUGGUCCACGAGAAGACUGGAAAAUUAGAAUCGUGGCAAGAAGAAGAAGCUCGGCUCUUGAAUGACAGACUUUCCAAAGAGCUCGAACAGUUAAAGGAAUAUCAAACGAAGCAACGUGCUCAGCUGGAGAACGCGAUUGACAAGGAACGUACUGCACUGGACGAAAGGAUCGCUUUACGACGAGCGAUGCUUGAACAGCGAUUCACAGAGGAGCGGGAUGAUAUGCAAAAACAGCGUGAAGCGCGUAGUCGUGCAAUCGCCGAGCGACACGCUGCUGAAGAGCGGCAACUCGCCGAUGUCUGUGGAAACUCUUCACACACCACAGCCCUAUGA